AUGAGGACGUUCCUCUUUCUCUUUGUUGUUCUCUUCCUUCUGGCCCCAGCCAGGAAUGCAUUUUUUGAUGAGAAAUGCUUCAAACUUAACGGGAGAUGCGUGAAUUCUUGUCGGAAAAAUGAAGAACUUGUUGCUCUCUGCCAGAAGUCUCUGAAAUGCUGCCUGACGCUCCAGCCAUGUUGGAAGAGUAAAGAUGAUUAA